UUGGCUUUGGUUGAAUAAGGAAUUUAGCCUAUAUGUACUGCUUUAACCACUGGAAGAAUGACAGAUGACAAAGAUGUGCUCCGAGAUGUGUGGUUUGGACGAAUUCCCACUUGCUUCACUCUGUAUCAAGAUGAGAUAACUGAAAGGGAAGCAGAACCAUAUUAUUUGCUUUUGCCAAGAGUAAGUUAUUUGACGUUGGUAACUGACAAGGUGAAAAAGCACUUUCAGAAGGUUAUGAGACAAGAAGACAUUAGUGAGAUAUGGUUUGAAUAUGAAGGCACACCCCUGAAAUGGCAUUAUCCAAUUGGUUUGCUAUUUGAUCUUCUUGCAUCAAGUUCAGCUCUUCCUUGGAACAUCACAGUACAUUUUAAGAGUUUUCCAGAGAAAGACCUUCUGCACUGUCCAUCUAAGGAUGCAAUUGAAGCUCAUUUUAUGUCUUGUAUGAAAGAAGCUGAUGCUUUAAAGCAUAAAAGUCAAGUAAUCAAUGAAAUGCAGAAAAAAGAUCAUAAGCAGCUUUGGAUGGGACUACAAAAUGACAGAUUUGACCAAUUUUGGGCCAUCAAUCGGAAACUUAUGGAGUAUCCUGCAGAAGAAAAUGGAUUUCGUUAUAUCCCUUUUAGAAUAUAUCAGACAACGACUGAACGCCCUUUCAUUCAGAAACUGUUUCGUCCUGUGGCUGCAGAUGGACAGCCACAUACACUGGGCGAUCUCCUCAAAGAAGUUUGUCCUUCUGCAAUUGCUCCUGAAGAUGGGGAAAGAAGGAAUCAAGUGAUGAUUCAUGGAAUUGAGCCAAUGUUGGAAACACCUCUGCAGUGGCUAAGUGAACAUCUGAGUUAUCCGGAUAAUUUUCUUCAUAUUAGCAUCAUCCCCAAACAAACAGAGUGAAGCACCGACUCCUGGUCUGGAAGGAAUCGCCCUGAAACAGGAUUUACCAGAGCAUGUCACUCUUUGAUUCAAUCAGGUUUGGUGGAGGCAACCUGACCAGAAACGCUUUGCUGCUGCAAGCCAAGCAGGAAAGAGAUUCCAUGUCAGAUAAGGCAAUUGGGCUGGUCUUGCUUUGCAUCACCACUGCUUUCCUCCACUGCCGUCAUUAAACCUCAGCUUCAACGUGAAAGACUUAACAGGGCCACUGCAGGUCUUCUGUUUUCUUGUAAAAUAUAAUGAAGCUGAAACCUUUGGCCUGAGGAGACAAUGGAAAUAUGUGCCACUCAGUUUGUAUUUCUCAUUAACAAAUAAACAGGGGUAUUUCCUAAGGUGACCAUGAUUGAACUUUAGCUCAACAGAAUGGAAACAUUGGUUGAAUUUUCAAGAGAAUUAGACUUAAGAAAGUAAAAGAGAAAUUCUGUUAUCAAUAACUUGCAGUAAUUUUUUGUAAAAGAUCAAAUUACAGUAAACCCAUCUUUCCUUAAUGAAAAUUUCCUAUGUUUACAGUCUGUCUCUUGGUAUGCAAACAAUCUUGUACUUUGAUAAUGAACAGUGAGAGAUUUUUAAAUAAAGCCUCAAAAUAUGUUUUGUCGUUUAAUAACAUACAAUUUUGUCACUUUCCAUGUACUUUCUGAUUCCCAUACAGUAAAUCACUUUUUAUUCUGUUUCCAUUUUUUCAUUGGCAUGGGGUGGAUACAGGGCAUAGGAUAACUUGUCUCAGGAGCUAUAAUAGAACUUAUUGCUGCCUAUUUUAAAACCUGUGUUCUCUAUCACUGAAGCUAUAAAUAAUGUUAAAUGUUUAUCUUUGCUGUUUGGUUUAUCAGUGUAAACCUGUCAAAUCAUAGUACGCUAAGCAUCUGUAUGAAAUAAUUUUGCAUAUUUGGAAAAAUCCAUUCCUUUUCAUCUUCUUGUUUUUCUUGGGCUCCAGGACUAAUAUUUCACUGUGGUCCCCUGGCAGCCAAUCUUUGAAGUCUAAAGAUUACCUAUCUCUUGACUGCAGUAGCUUUUCCUUAACUUUACCAAAAAUAUCCAGAUGUUACUGGAGUUCGCAUCCACUAUAAGGAAAGUUUGCUGCACAUUGUCAUAGGCUGCUGGGAUUCUACCAACUAAACAUAUUUGUGUAUUACCUUGAUUUCUUGUGAGUAGCUUGCUGUUCAUAUUGAAUGUCAAUGCAUUUGAGUAUGCUGAAAGACACAUAUUAUCAUACAAGAAUGGUUUUAGAUUACCCAAUAAAAAUGAAUGCUUUUCUUAUAAAAAAAAAAUUAUAUGAUUGUUCAAAUGGGAUCCUGCUAGUGCUUAUUGUUUUCUUUUUCCUUUUGUGAUUUUUACUGCCUUUUAGUAAAUUUACUCACAGAAUGAGAUAAAGUUGACUGGCCAAAGAUCAAAUAUUCUGGAAUAGAAAUUAUAAGGCACAAUCAAAAAGAAUAACAUGAGGUAUCAAUUGCAGAAAAAUAGACAAAGAAAUGGCAGAUGUAAAUAAAAUGAGAGGUGCCAUUUUAGGAGAGGCAGGAAAAAAAAUACCAAUGUUUGAGUUAUGUAAGGAAAAAAAAAUCCACUAACUUGUAUUUUUGUAAAAGAGGUUGGUCUGAAUAUGAUUGUUCACAUUAAAAGUGUUUGUUCGUCUAUUCAUUUGGGGAUUUUCCCCCUUGCUGUUUUGACAGACUGAAGUGAGCUUCACUGAGCAAAAGGAUCAGAAUGCCAGGGAGUGCUAAGUGGUGGUAAAAUGUGGUAAGAAUGGUAAACCAUAGUAGUUUUCCACAGAUGAGGCCAGUGUGAGAUAUUUGCAGUGGACUCCAGUGAGCUACUGGCCUUUACUUCCAGAUAUGAAAGUAAAUUUUGUCAAGCCAUUUCCCAUUUUUGUAUAGUUGAUCAUUAUAGCACCAGCAUCAUAACAUUAUUCUAUAAUCCCAGAUAAGUCUACCCUCCAAUGCCCCAGAGGAAGAAUAAAGUGAAAACUAGUGCUGGCUUAAAUGUCUACUUUUUCCUCUUAAAUAUUUGACUAUUUAUGUUUGAUGUUUUAUUAAAAAAUUUAGUAAAUGUUGUGUAUGUGUUUAUUUCUGGAAGUUAGAAAUGAAAUUUAUGUAAAACAUUCAUCAUUGAAGAAACUAAAAACUAUUGGCAUUGUCAACUAAAAAGGAAGAGAUUCAGACUAAAUAAACCAUUGCUUAUCCUUCA